UGGAAAACUUGCUUUUCGCCACCAAGUGUCACUGUUUAGCCACUUCUACCGAGGUCCCGGGGCGGUGUGGGGGGAACCUGACCAUUGGACACGCAGCUCGGGUCAGGUUGGGAAGACUGGGUUAUUGGUUUUCAAGCCGACAUCCUGUCUCCUGAUUGGGCAGGAAGGUGUCGGCGAAAACGGGCUGAGCGGAGGGAGAAGACGGAUCCAACAGCAGUUUAUCUCCUCUCAGUCUCCACUGACUCUGCUGCUUGUUCCUGUACGCACCGAACUGAGGACUGAGAUGUGACUGCUCACCGGAGGAAUACAGCGUGUCUCCCUGGGAUUUCUCUAUUUUAUUCUCUGCCGGCCGGAUGAUGGGAGCGGACAGGCGUGGAGGGAUCUUGGCCGUUCCGGCCACUUGGUUUGCGCUGCUUCUCUGUGUGAUUACUCUUGUGUGCGCAGUGGAAGAGACAGUGAUGGAUACACGGACGGCGACAGCUGAGCUCGGCUGGAUAUCGUUCCCUGCCAAUGGAUGGGAGGAGGUGAGCGGCUAUGAUGAAAACCUCAACACCAUCAGGACUUACCAGGUGUGCAAUGUAUUUGAGCCAAGCCAAAACAACUGGCUGCUCACCACAUACAUUGACCGGCGGCACGCACAACGCAUCUACGUGGAGAUCCGCUUCACAGUACGGGAUUGUGCUUCCAUACCAAGUGUCCUGGGCUCCUGCAAAGAGACGUUCAAUCUUUACUACCUGGAGACUGACAGGACUGUGUCAGAGAGCAUCAAAGGGGUGGAGUAUUGGGCCAAUGCCCCGUUUUUAAAGGUGGACACCAUUGCAGCCGAUGAGAGUUUCUCCCAGGUGGAUUUCGGGGGUAGGCUGAUGAAGGUGAACACUGAAGUUAGAGGUUUCGGACCUCUCUCCAAGGGCAAAGGCUUUCAUUUGGCUUUCCAGGAUCUGGGUGCUUGCAUGUCCCUUCUGGCAGUUCGAGUAUUCUACAAGAAAUGUCCAAGCAUUGUACAGAACUUUGCUUUUUUCCCUGAGACGCUGACAGGAGCAGAGUCCACAUCCUUGGUUAUCUCCCGAGGAAGCUGCAUUUCAAAUGCUGAGGAGGUAGACGUGCCUAUAAAGCUCUACUGUAACGGAGAUGGAGAGUGGAUGGUCCCGAUUGGCAGCUGCAGCUGUAAGGCAGGCUAUGAACCAGACAAUGGCAACGUGUGUCGAGCUUGUCCUCAGGGCACCUUUAAGUCGUCCCAGGGGGCAGGAUUAUGUCAGCAGUGUCCGCUCAACAGUCGCUCCACCAUCGAAGCUGCCACCCUCUGUGGUUGUCGGAAUGGAUAUUACCGUGGAGACAUGGACAAACCAGAGGACAUGUGUACCAGCGUCCCCUCUGCUCCUCGCAAUGUGGUCUCAGUGGUGAAUCAGACGUCGGUGAUCCUGGAGUGGCACUCGCCACGCGACACCGGGCACCGUGACGACCUGUCAUACAACGUCGUGUGCCGGCGUUGCCACAGCAGCGAGCGGCGGGCAUGCCAGCCAUGCGAUGACAGCGUGGUUUAUACUCCAGGCAAGGAGGCGUUGAAGGGAACAAGGGUGGAAAUCAGCAAGCUUCGUGCUCACACGUCGUACACCUUUGACAUUCAGGCAGUCAAUGGAGUGUCCAAUAAGAGCCCUUAUCCUGCCCAACAGCUGUCAAUCAACAUUACAACCAAUCAGGCAGCUCCCUCUGAGGUUCCCAUAAUGCACCAAGUGAGCUCAACGAGCCGCAGCUUCUCUCUUUCAUGGCCGCCACCCGAGCAGCCCAACGGGAUCAUCCUCGACUACGAGAUCAGAUACUACGACAAGUUCCAGUCGUCGUUGCUGAACAGUUCAGUGGUCCAGAGUGACAUACCCAACGUGGUCCUUGAGGGCCUCAGGCCCGGCACCGGCUACGUGGUCCAGGUGAGGGCCCGCACCGUGGCAGGCUACGGAGCCUACAGCAAAGAGAUGCUCUUCCAGACCCUCACAGACGAUGAGUACAAGUCAGAGCUUGGACAGCAGCUCUACCUGACUGCAAGUUCUUUAGUAGGCGGAGUGUGUAUCGUCUCUCUGGUAGCUCUCGCUAUCGUAUGUACCAGGAGGAGACAUUUGAAGGAGAGUGUGUAUGGCGACAAGCUGCAGCAGUACAACACAGGAGGAGAAGUGACUCUGAGGCCAGACAUGUUUAGCGGUCCCACCCCCACUGUGACUUUUCCCACCCUGUCUGAGGGUCGCAGUUCACCAGGGGUCAAGAUCUAUAUUGACCCCUUUACCUAUGAAGAUCCCAACGAGGCGGUGCGGGAAUUUGCCAAAGAAAUCGACCCCUCUUGUGUCAAAAUAGAGGAAGUCAUCGGAUCAGGUGAGUUUGGGGAGGUGUACAAAGGUCGCUUGAAACCUCUUGGAAAAAAAGAAAUCCCCGUAGCGAUCAAGACCCUCAAGGUGGGCUACUCUGAGCGUCAGAGGAGAGACUUCUUGGCCGAGGCGUCGAUCAUGGGCCAGUUCGACCAGCCGAACAUCAUCAGAUUGGAGGGCGUGGUCACAAAGAGCAGACCGACGAUGAUAAUCACAGAGUUCAUGGAGAACGGCGCUCUGGACUCAUUCCUGAGGCAAAACGACGGUCAGUUCCCAGUCAUCCAGCUGGUCGGCAUGCUGAGAGGCAUCGCAUCUGGAAUGAGGUACCUGGCGGAGAUGAGCUAUGUUCACCGGGAUUUAGCAGCGCGAAACAUUCUGGUGAACAGCAACCUGGUGUGUAAGGUAUCCGACUUCGGCUUAUCGCGUUAUUUGGAGGAGGAUACCUCUGACCCCACCUACACCAGCUCACUGGGGGGUAAAAUCCCAGUGCGGUGGACGGCUCCAGAGGCGAUCGCCUACAGGAAAUUCACUUCUGCUUCAGAUGUGUGGAGUUACGGGAUCGUCACCUGGGAGGUGAUGUCGUACGGAGAGAGACCUUACUGGGACAUGAGCAACCAAGAUGUAAUAAACGCCAUAGAGCAGGACUUCAGACUGCCAGCUCCCAUGGACUGCCCGGUAGUGCUGCACCAGCUGAUGCUGGAUUGCUGGCAGAAAGACAGAAACGCAAGGCCAAAGUUCUCUGACAUUGUCAGCAUGUUGGACAAAAUGAUCCGCAACCCUGCAUCUCUCAAAGCCGGCACCAGCAACAUGGCUCCUGGUCCUUCCCAUCAUCCUUUGUUAGACCGGGGAGCUCCGGAUCUGAGCAGGGUGAGCUCGGUGGAGGACUGGCUGGCUGCUCUGAAGAUGACCCAGUAUAGAGACUCCUUCAUCGGAUCAGGGUUCACAUCUUUGCCCCUGGUCACACAAAUCACAGCUGAGGAUCUGGAGAGGAUUGGAGUGUCUCUUGCAGGACACCAGAGAAAAAUACUGACCAGCGUUCAGUCGAUGAGGCACCACACUGAUGACCAGUCCCCCACUGAAUCUGUGUAGCUAUGGGUGAAGAAACACUUUGAUAUAUUUGACCAUUGUUGAGUCCUUGAGUGAACAGACUUUACUUGUUCUGAAGAUCUGUUAUUUUCCUUCACAGUCAUUAAAACCCCAUUUUAAAGACUCCAUUAAUGGUCUUGCAAUCAGUGGAGAUGUUUCUUAUGGUAUUUAGUCUCUGAAGUUGGAAUAUCCCCCCCCUCCGGAAAUUCUCUGUACAGGUUUUAUUUGUUGAACAGACUGAAAACAGCAAUGAGCAACACUGUGGAAAAAGAAAACGACUGUCUGACCUGAAGGUUAUCUCCUGAAAGGAAAGAAGAAAAACCCCAAGUUCUGCUUGAAGGAUAAUUUUGACUUCAACCCCUUCGCUCCACAGGCCAUUUUCAUCAAACUCAAUCGUUUAAGGAAGACAGGGUGUUUUUUUUUUAUUUGAGGAUGAAUCAAACUAAGACUACUGUAAAAAGAAACUAGCUGAGGAGACUUUUGUGUGAAUGGACAAACUGGACCAAAAGCCUGUCAGAAAAUGUUACUGGAUGCAAGAGUGACAGCAGGCCUUCUUGUUUCCAGCAUGUUGUGUUGUGAGUAUUUAUUUCAUUGUGUUUGUGAAAACUACAACCAUUUGAAUCUAGACUGUUUAAAUGGGACCUUUUUGAAUCGAUCUUCACAUUGAAGAGUUAGUAAAUAUCGUUAUUUGGGAAUUUCUUCCCUCGUUGUUCAUUUACUUAAGCCUUUGCUGUUUUGCAAUGUUACUGGAGUAUUUGUGAUCUUUUAGUGAUUUACUUUCCAUUUUAUUCAUCACUAGUGUAAACUCUAAAGUGCUGUUGAGUGGAGAUAACAAACAUUUCCCAGUGCUCGGACAGAUGGCCCACAUAAAAUACAUAAUUCACACUUUUAAUGGAUGUUUUUGAUGUCCCGAGAGGGAAGGCAAAUGUGACGGUACGCCUGGAUGACAACAUGUAUAAAGACACAUCUCAGUCUAUUAUGGAAAAGUUUUUAGUUGAUCAAUUUUAAGAAUGACCUGAACAUAUGAUAUACUUGCAUUAAACACACAAGUAAUCAGAUAUUUUGUUAUGUAAAUUUUAAUGAUUGUGGCCAACAGCUAAUGAAGCCUAAGACAUAGUUUCUCACAAAAUUACAAUAUCAUGCAAAACCUAUAUAAACUGACUUUCAGAACAGAAAUGCUGUCCUGAUGAAAUGUGGUGAAUGCAGCACAGUGGACAUGAAGACUAAAGCAUGUUGGGGCAGAAUGAACAGGUACUAAUGUAAGCUGGAAAAAUAGCAGCUCUGGAAAGCUCGUCAGCAGAGGUAAACAUGAUGUUUCCUGCUUGAUGUUGUUCUGACUCAAUAAAAUCCUGGACCAACACCAGCCGGCAACAUGGCUUCCAAAUCAUCACUGACUGCACCAGGAUAAACACACAUUUUGUGCCUCUCCAAAAAAACGUUGUUACCCAAACUACUAAUUAAAUACAAAAAUCACUUUUAUCUGAAAAUUCGACACCAUGCUGUAAAUCUUCACAUUCUUUUAGGGGCUUGUAAAUUUGUUUUUAGCAAUUUUUUUCUUCCAGUCAACUUUCCAUUUUUACACUGGGAUACAACAGGACCUUUUCAUGCUUACCAUCAUGGAAGAGGUGACUUUCAUACGAUAUUCAUGAUUUUAUACAAAUUUCAUGGCCAAAUCAUUGUAUUUCUGAAUGAAAAAUCUUUUUUUUUUUUUCCCCUGAUCCUACAGAAUAUUUACAUUUUCAGAGAAAUUGAAUAUUGGAUUUACAGUUAUUGGUCAUAAUUAUUCAAAUUAACUGAAGAUGCUGGAAACGUAUCACUGCAUGAAAUGAAUAGUUAAUACGUGAUUUAUCACUUUUUGAAUUAAGGCAUUAACAUGCAUCGAUUUGUUUAUAAUAUUCUAAUUCAUUGGUAUGCACCUGCAUAAGCUCAAGCAUUGAUUUCCCACCUACAAAGUAAAUCAAUUACCUGCUAUAUGCUGAGGUGUGGCGGAAGAAAGCAGCUUAAGAGACCGACUGUGUGAAGUGAGACAAUAACAGCCGUCCACAAUAUCUCAGAGGAGGUAUUGUGUUCCCAUGUCUGUGUGUUUUGGCUGCAGAUCCUAAAUCUGAAACCCAGUCAAGUGUUAAUACAGUGCAUGAACCAACUAGAAAUCCGGCGUUCAUCUUCUGUCCAUGACAAAUCUCAGUUCUGUCUAAAGUGUAUGGCUGGCAUCCAGAUGGCAUUCUUCCUCCUGCAGCAGGCAGUCUGGCUACACUUCCUGCUGUUGGACAUGUCUUUGUUACCAGAGUUUGUUCCACAUUGACGCCUCUGAUUAAAACUGUUGGAGUAGUUUGUAGAUCAAAUAGGGUCAAGCGACCUAUUUGUGUUCUCAUCUGUGGACAGCAACCUUUUUAACACCCUCAAAAUUGAUUUGUUACAGUGAAGAUUAUGCAGGAGUUCUUUGCGCCCGCAGGUACAUUUGCUGAUUGUUUGUCCCGUUUCAGUCGUUGAUGAAAUGUUUGAUUCUCUUGUGAACGAGGCCUGAUCUUAUUGUGGAGAAGAAGUGCUUUUAUCUCGGCACGGAGCGGAUUACCAGCUGUGAAACAACUGCAGUCUCCAACCCAAACCUCCGGCAUCUCAAGGAUUACCCUUCAGUUGCUCUGAUUGGGUGUUAGAAUUUUAUUCGUCAUCGGCUGAGAGCCCCGAUUCACAACGACAGGAAGUGACACUGUUUGCUUUCACUAGUACAAACUCUGCCUGUGUUUGUCUCUCAGCACUGCUCCCUGUUGCUUCUGUCUCUUUGUUUCUGAACAUUGUGACAUUGGAAUGUCAGAACCUCCAAAAAUGUUACAUUUCCACUUUUUUUUUUCUCACUCAAACUCUGUCCUCACGGCGCAACCGCAAUUGCGUUUGUUGCCUGGCAACGGCAGCUUAUUGAACAUUUUAUCAGGAAGUAUUGAGAUCAACUGGGAGCACGUCAGCGGUUCAGAGGAAUAAUUUGUCGUAAAUAGAUGCCUCUGGAAAAACAGGCUCAGCGAUAGCUAGGGGGUUUAAUAAAGAAUGAGACAAGUCGUGUUCCUAAAAGCUCAUACUGAAUGCUGCCUAAAAAUGUCAAGCACAAGAAAUGAAAGCUGUGAAAAUGGGCAUCAUAUAACACGCGUUUCUAGGCACUUUGAAACCACUUCUUAUGUUAUUUUUAUCUCCCUUCUAGAUAUGUGCUUUACAGGAAAUUUGGCUGGUUAGCAUGUCAAUGUGAACUAAUAUAAGUUCAUGUGUUGAGUUUGACUGUGACGAUUUAGUGCCCUCCAAGUUACAAAUGAAUAAAGUAAAGAUAAAUUCAGAUUUUGAUUGCAGCAGCUAAAAAUAUCAUUCUGAGAAAUGUUAGGAAAUCCAACCUUCAUUUUAAGAAUAGUUAAGUUGGAAAAAGUCUGGCAUUUAGAUUAAAGUUACUGUCAUACCUAACAAUUUCUUUAACAUAUAUUAAAUGUAAAUCAAUCAUUUUCAUUGAUCUCGGUGUCUUUUAUUUUUUAUCAGUAAUGUAAGAUUUCCUGUCAGUCACUUCAUCAAGACAUCAUUCGAGUAGAGCAGGCAUGAGUUGAUCUAAAUAAAUCAGAAAAUGUUCACAACAUAGAGACGGAUCAUUUACUGCAGAGCUGUUUUGUUCCUGAAUCGUUCUUAAAAGAUAAAUCCAGACACUGAUGUCAGUGAAAAUCAGAGAUUAGUUUCGAUGUUUGUAUGUAAACAAGACUUAAAGCACACAGAGCUGAAACACUGUAAUUAUAACUGGCACCUGCUGUGUCUACUCAAGGCUGAAAUACACAUUUGAGAAGUUUUUCCAUAUUUCCACUAGAAGGAAAUAUUGUGAGGUUAAUUUUGUCUUAUUUUAAAAAAAAAAAAGUCUAAAAAUGAAUGUGCUGCAAAUCAUUUGAUAGUGUCGAUUUUUCUCAUAGAGCAAUGAAGAAAUUUCAAGAACAGCCCAGUUUAUGCAUCAAAACAUUUGAUAUUUAGAAGGUCAGAUCCAACCAAACGCAUAGAGUGUUUAUUAUCAGGGACUAAUAAGUAAAUACUUACCUAAAGUCCCAGCAUGCAUUGAGCUGAAUGACAACUGCAAAGACAAGUCAACAAAAUCUUUGAAAUUUGUUUUUAAACAAAAUUGAAAAUUAUAACUUUACAUUCGUCAUACAAAGGUGCUAUUUUCUUUGUCUUGGACUGUUGAGGACUUAAGUCUUAGUUUAGUUUUUCUUUUGCCCUCUUAACCUCUAUACAUACUGCAUUAUUCUUAAGCAGUAAAUAAAUUCACCAUCAGAGCUCAAUGUUUAAAACUUAACUUUGUUUUUGACCUGCAAAGGUUUGGACUUUUGCUUGGAUUCAUCCUUCAAACCUGUCAGUCUGAGUCCAAAGCAAAGGGAUUUGGAGCUGUAUUUGCACCUUCAGGCAGGUUGUUGAUAUUACAAAUCAAAAAUGGAGCUUUCUAAAUAUAAGUAGCAAUAAAGUGAUGUAGUCACUUAGACUGGUUUAGGCUUUUUACUGUAAAAAGAAAUGACCUAAAUUGAUUCAGAAAUGUCUUGAAGUGAACAACCACUGACAGCCGACUUCACACUGUUUACAACCCAUUUCUGCUUCAGACAGACAGAAGGAAAAGCAUCUACUGGUAUCCAUAAAACUCAAUGGAAUAAUAGACUUGUGUUGAACAGUAUAGGAGAUAAUAAGGAAUUAAAUGUGAAUAUGUUUAGAAAUGCAAAUGAACUUCCUUCUGUUCAUUCAUCUAUUUUUCAAGGACUUAAGUCCUAAACUGACAUAAGUGAUUCUGAAAAGGCAUUUUGGAAGACUGAUUUUUUUUAAAUUUUUUAUAUUUGGCUGUUUUUAUUUUUUGGGGUGUUUUUUAUUUUGUUGUGUUAUGUGGUUUUUACCCUUAUAGGCUUGUGGGAGCGCCUGUUUCUCUUUGAGAAGAGUAGAAACAGUAAUGACUUACCAAAACUCCUUAAUAGCACCAGAAAAACAUGCUGGAUUUUUGCAUUUUUUUAAAGGAACAAACAGGAGGCACAAGAUGGGCUUAACAUGUUGACAAAGUUGCUACGUAGCUCAUGAAAGAGUCUCAAACCCUCUACUAAAAAACAGAAUAAUUUCUAAACAGUUUGUCAAAACUUUGUUUGAAGUCAUUGUCUUGUUAAGAAAGAUUUCUUAUUCAUAAUUCUGCUCACUCGUUUGCUAAUUAGAUAAGUUGAACUUUUCUCCUAAUAGAAUCAAAAGACAGUUGUUUCAUUCCGUCACUUGGCAAGUAUUUUUUAAAAUUGUAAACCGAUUUCCAAAUACUUUCAAGCACCGACUUCCCAGAUGGCUCCUUGUAAAAAACCAUCUGCUGCAUCACUUCAGUUCAGUAUUACAAAGCUGUAUGUUUGACUCAACUGCUGCUGCAUGACACACUUUGCAUAUGAGAUCAGCUGGAGGAGAAUAUUAAGGACAAAACACACGAGCAACGUUUUGAGACGGUAAACUCGGUGGCCGAUACUUUGUGGACGCUACUCUUGGUAAACGUAGAGUUUUCAUGAUGAACUACUUCUGAGUAUAAUAGUGGAGUAAUAAACGAUUUGCAUAGUGACUGCUUUGAGUAUGCGCAGGCAAUUGGAUGCUUUAAUUUCCCAGCAGUGCUCCCUCCCUUUGCCGUUUCAUUGCUGUGCUUUGUGGCGUGUUACUGCCACCUGGAAUAACGCUGAAGCAUUGGCAGGAAAGUAAAUCACACCACUCGUGUGUGUUUGUGUUUGUAGGGGGAGAAAAAAAUGAGAAAUAUCUCAUAAAAAUGUGCAGAGACGUGAAUUUAGAGCACAUCUAUUGUUUUAAGAUGAAAGCAGAAGAUGAGAUUCUCUGCUUGUGAUAUAGGAUGUAAUUAUGUAACAGCUCUGCGGCUAUGGAGCUUUUGCUGAACUUGCUACUCUGUAAGUAUGGGCAGGAACUAAGCAGUUACUAUGGAUAUCUUUUGCAGGACCACAACUCCUUUCCUUUGUAAAAUGUCAACAUUUUAUGCAACCGCAAUUCAUCCUUGUAUGCUGGGAUUACUGUCAGCGGAGACCGUGAGGAAAAAAGUCUCUCAGUUCCUUCCUGAAUGGCAGCUGUAGACAAAAAGCCCUCCCUGUAUGAUUCAGAUGGACUGACAGCUAAACCUGACAUUUGCUGCAGAUAUUUUAGAUAAAACCCCAAAUGGAACAACAGCUCAUACCCAAAAAUAAAAAAAGCUACAAAACAACAGCCUGCUCUAAAUACUUAUGGAUGGAUUUAACUUUUUAUUUGAAGUACUUAGCUUAUUAGACUGUUCUGGCUGUUGUUUUAGCUACUUAAGUGAGACUAGAACUGAAAGAAGGUUAGAUACAAUGUGAAGAAAAAAAUGGAAAAAGGGAAUAGAAGAGACAAGGAUGAGGAGAGAUUGAAAGAGGUGGGAGGGAAGGAGAAGAGAGUGUCAAAGCCCGAGUUGUUUGAAUAAAAAUGAGGCUGGGUGUGGAGAGAUUACUCUUUCUUUUUUUGUCUUUCUGUCUGUGCUUUCCCAUCCACCUUCUUCUCCUAAUGCCCACAGUCUCUGAAUAGCUUACUCUGCUUCCAGUCCACAUGCCCACAGCCUGCUUUGAACAGUUGGGAGGAAAAGAAGUCAUUCUAUUUUAGAUGGAGUCUUCUAAAAAGAAAAAACUUCUCUAAAAGAAAAAAAAAAAACAUUUUGAACACGUAUCUCCUGAGGUACACUGGCACAUAUCUUUUUUUUUUGUUUGUUUUGUUUUAUCAGAAACCCCUGCAGUAUUUCAGUUUUGUUUUUGAUUUUAAGUGUUUAUGUCAAAACUGAAAAAAAUCCCAACCUGCUUUUCCUCCUUGUGUAUUUCCUGUCUAAAUUCAAAGUAAACUUACUCAUUCACAGCACAAACAAAAAUGUUAAUUUUACAGAUUUUAAGACUUUAUCCUCAUCAAAAGAAAGUAUUUUUUUCUCUGAGUUUUGACCGAGUUUUUACAGAGUUUGAGAAAAGAAAAUUAAAUUUGAUUUAUACAUCUCUCAAGAAGGUCAGUAAUUCCUAUUUUGUCCUCGUGAGGUUUUAACACGUUCUUUUACUGUUUUCUUUUGCUUAAAACAAAUUAAAAUGCCAGCAUGCCUAUUCAUCCAAUAAAUAUAAAAGUUUAUAACUAAUUAGUACUUCAUGGCACAAUCUCAAUAUGAUAAAAAUAAUAACCUCUAAGUUUUAGUACAGCUUCACAAAGACACAGCACGACUGUAGAGCAUUAAUCACACUAAAAUAUUCUAAAACUGUAAUAAUAAAUAUUGGUAUGAACAAUGUUUUCUAAACUGUGAACACAAUAAUAAAUUUGACAAAAUAUUGAAUUACUUUGCUGUUUUGUAAAUUUAAGUUAAAUUCAAUCUGUCUUAUACACAUUUCAAUUUGUGUUCUAUUUCUAAAUUUUCUCAUGCUGAUGUAUUUUUGUUCUACUUGCUUGCCAUACUUCUUAUGUCUGUAAAGAACAAUUUCUUAAAAAAAAACAAUGGUUAUAAGUAAUUGUAAUUUGCCUUUCUAUGUUUACCUACAGUUACUGUUCUACUUGUUGACGGCUCGUCUAUUGAGCGUCACAAUCUAAUGUAUUAUAACUCUGUAAUAUAAUGGGAGUAUGCGCACACGUGCAUUUUUGUGUCCGUGUGGCUGUAAUAUACCGUGUGGGUGUGCUGUUGUUCGGUGUACAGUAACAUGUUUGUACAUUGUGCGUUUGUAGCUGUGGACUUUUUGACUCUUACAUUUACAAUGAACUGAUUGUCAAUAAAGAGGACAAACUGAA